AUGAGGUUCUCUCUUACAUCAGCCCUCGUGGCGACGCUUGCUGCUACGGCAACGGCCAACAGCUGGUUUGGAAGCACUGUGUACGACAAGUGGCACGAGUCGGAGCUUGAGCGCUGGCUCAGCGACCACGGCAUUCCCCACCCCAGCCCCUCUGACCGCAAGAACCUCCAGUCGACCGUCAAGGCCAACUGGAACGACAAGGUUGUAACUCCCUACACCAGCUGGGAUGUCCAGACCCUCCAGAACUACCUGACCCUCAAGGGCCAGCAGGCAAAGAAGGGCACUGAGAAGGAUGCCAAGAGCCUCGCUGAGCAGGUCAAGGAGUACUGGACCGAAACCGAGGACUCCGCCAACCAGGCCUAUGGCAGUGUCAAGGACUGGAUCUUCGAUUCCUGGUCGGAUUCUCAGCUCAAGGCUUUCGCCGACAAGCACGGCAUCCCCGUCCCCCAGCCCCGCCAGCGUGACUCUCUCCUCGCAGCCGUCCGUGACAACUACCAGUCCGUCGCCGAGAAGGCCAAGGAGACUGCCAACUACCCCGGUGACUGGCUUUACGCUUCCUGGUCUGACUCUGACCUCAAGUCUUGGUUCGACGAGCGCGGCUACAACGUUCCCCAGCCCAACACCCGCGACUCGAUGAUUGCUGCUCUCCGCCGCCAAUCUCGUCUUGCUAGCCAGCAAUCCCAGGGUGCCUACGCCUCCGUCUCUUCUGCUGCUGCCAACGCUCAGCAGAGCCUCAGCGACGCUCUCCUCGACUCUUGGUCUGACAGCCAGAUCAAGGAGUGGGCUGACAAGAACGGCAUCAAGGUUCCCCAGGGCUCCAAGCGCAAUGAGCUCAUCGCUCUUGCCCGCAAGCACCGUGCCCGUCUCUAUGGCGACAGCGCCUCUGCUUCCGCCGGAUCCAUCUCUGCUUCCGGUGCUUCCGCUUACGGUGCCGCUACCUCCAAGGCUGGUAACCAGUACGCUGCUGCCACCGGUGGAUUCGCCUACUACACCGACUUGAUCAAGCAGCAGAUUGGUCUUGCUGAAGCCAGCGUUGCCUCCGCCACUGACGCCGCUGGAUCCAGCGCCAGCUCUGCUUCCGCCCGUGCUUCUUCCAGCGCCAGCUCCCUCACCGGCGCUGCUGCCAAGGCCGCUUCCUCGUCCUCGGCCUCCAUCUCCAAGUCUGCUGCCAGCGCCAACGCUGCUGCCUCCUCAUCCGCUUCCAGCGCUUCCUCAGUAGCCUCAAAGUCUGCUCAGAGCGGAUAUGAUGCUGCUGCCGCUAGCGCCAGCUCUGCCUCUGCCUCUGCUAAGCAGGAGCUGUAA